AUGAGAACACAAUCGCUCGAGACCAGAACAGUGUUACCAAAGAAUGUACUUGAUUCCGUAAAAAAAGCCAACGCUACCGAAAUCAGACAGAUUCUGAAUAACACCAGAAGGAUUAUACUUGGCCAUGAAGCUACGAACUCAAGACCUUAUAUGGUGUUCUUGAAACUACCGUCAAACAGCGCCAAAUUCCAAGACUACCGCAGUUGGUUGUGCGGUGGUAUUAUCGUCCACGAGGAGUAUAUUCUCACCUCAGCAGCCUGUAUCGAGGACGUCAAGCAUUUCUACGUCGUCUCAGGGACUUACAAAUUCGCAUUCGACCAAGAUCGCUUUAACAAUCCUUGUAUCAAAAAUGGCGCUAAAAAAGCUGUGUGGAAAUGUAUUCCCCGAAACUAUGUCUUUGAUGGUCAUGAGAACGACAACAUUCGAUGGAUGAACAACGAUAUCGCUGUGGUGAAACUGGAAGACGAGUUCGACUUCACGAGGCGUGUCAGGGGAUGUGACUAUGCUCCGAGACCCAUUUGUUACAAUAAUCAAAGUGCCAAGUUCGAAGAAGAAGGUACCCCUGGCUCCAUUGCCGGUUGGGGUAGUACUGAUAAGUAUAACGACUGGGUGAACUCACGUAAGCAAAACGAUCAGACCGACUUACUCUAUGCCCCGGUCACAAUUUUGGGCAAGGCCGCGUGCAAGAAACGUUGGGGCCAGAGGUACCAUAACAUCAUUGACAAUUACAUGGUUUGCACUAACGACUUCACUUCAGGACUCAGUGAGAUUUGCCAGGAAAAAUAUGUAGACUGCACAGACAUCGUGGAAGAUGAGACUGAACGGAGAUCAUUAAAUCCAAAUGACAUUCCUGUGCAUUCCGCCAACCACAACUAUUCAACUUCUAGAAGACAGGGUGAGAAGAAAAAGGACGGUGGUUUCUGUGAGAACGACCACGGCGGCCCUUUGGUGCAUGGCGAAGGCACAAGUGCCUUAGCUAUUGGCAUCAUCUCUGCGUGUUUAGUCCGGGAGAAGACCAACCAGUGCUACGGGCCUUUCCUUUACACUAGCAUCUAUAAGAAUCGUGUGCUUAUCAACUGCGCCAUUUAUAAAGACGUCGGGAAUGACUGUAGUAAGUUAUUCAGAGCUAGCAUCACGCAUAUUGAAGAGGAAUUUAAUUGGUCUGAUCAUCCUGAUGGACCUGCUAAAAGUGAAAUCAAAGCCAUGCGAAGAAAGGAAGAAGAGGAAAAACGUAAACUGGCCGCUAGUGGUGGCGCAAGCGUUGCUAAUGCAACUAAAUCCAAUGCUAAUGCUACUGAAAACAAAGGUGAUACUCCUCUGCAGCACGUUGGUCUCAUCCUUAGGUCCCAUGACGAUGAAGAAACUCUAAAACCGAAAGUUCAACAGGCUACAACUCCUAAAAUUGCUGUUGCGACCACAGCAGCUGCACCAUAA